GCUUCUUGGAGCUUUUUCCGGAGAAACCGCUGCCGAUUCGAUGGUCGGAGGGGAGGCCCUGACUGAUCAGCCAGAUGAUGCUGGAGCUGGAAGCAAGAGGGACGCCCGGGAGAUGAGGGGAAAGCGGUCUACUCGGCGCUCCAGUGGAUCCAGUUCACCAUGGCCAUGCUCAGCGUUGUAGGUUCCAGCUCGAUUAUUGCCUACGCCGUCUUCCAGAACGCGGUGAGGUCCCCCGAGGUGCGUCCCCUUUUCUACCUGAGCCUCUCCGACCUGUUUUUGGGAAUGUGCUGGCUGGCUGGGGCUCUGCUCUACAGCUCACCCACCUCCCAGCAGGACCUCAUCUGCUACAACCUGCAAGCAACGGGACAGGUAUUCUACGUGGCCUCUUUCCUCUACACUGUCAACUACACCUGGCACCUGUACAUGGACCUAAAGGUGAAGUACAACCAGAACCUCUUCAGGGUGCUCCCCCAGGUUGUGGAUUAUGCGAGUUGUGUCGGCCGGAUAGCAACGAUCUCGUCGAGCCUCAUCCCUUUCCUCCUCAUGGUGCCGGUGUUUUGCCUGGGCAACAGCAGUAAUUGCUACCAGAACUUCAGCCAGAAGCACGGCUGUCUCCUGAUGCACACGGAGAUGGCCGUGACCACCAGCGAGCCGCAGAGCCUGAGCGGCUCCGUCUGCCGCGCGAUGCAUUUCUACGGCAUCGGGGUCUUCCUCGUCUCCUUCCUCAUCAGCUUCCUGGCCAUUCUGGUGAUCCUCAGCCAGGCUCGAGGUCUGUACAAGAGGUUUGUGAACUCCACAGGGUUCCUGGGGGACCAGCAGUGGGCCAUGAUUAAGAUGGUGGAACAACGAGUGGUCUUUUACCCCGUCGUGUUCUUCUGCUGCUGGGCCCCAGCUGUCCUCCUUGGAAUGCUGAAGUUGACUCUUUCAACAACCAGCAAGAUCUACAUGGCCCUGCUGAUCCUGCAGGCUCUCACAGCAGCUUCCCAGGGGCUCCUGAACUGCCUGGUGUACGGAUGGACCCAGCACGUGUUCCUGUCCCUCAAACGCGGCGCCCGCCGGGACGUGGACACCCAGACCCCCCUCCUGCGCUCCCAGAAGAAGUUCUACUCCAGCACAGCCCCCACCAGCCCCCCAGACACUGAGGGCUCCACGUCCACCCUGCUCUGAAGUGUCCUGCCAACUCCUCCUGGUGUUUUAGGAAUGUCAGCCAGCCCGGGAUGGGGCUGUCGGCUCCGAGCUGUCCCAGCCGUGGGGAUGGAGGAGCCCGAGCGGGGCUGUCAGAGACACUCAGUGGAGAUGAUGGUUAUUUAUUUUACAGGUCACAGGGACUCUAAAUGGAUUCUUUCAACAUGGUAAAUCUCUAGUCCAGACUUUCUGCUUCUGGAAAUAUCCCUAGAAGUGCAGCAGAUGGUGUGUAACAGCUCAGAGGUCUCAGCCAGCUCCAGCAGAGGAUGUUUUACUUCUCCAAGUGUUUGUCUUAUUUCUUGAAGUAUUUGCCAUUACAAAUUAACAGUAAAGCAAAGUGAAUAUUUUUCCUAUCUCUGACUUUGAAUUCACUAUAACCAUGAGAACGUGCACCAUACUAAGAGCCAACGGCAGGGAAACACAAAAACAUCAGUGCUCACUUCCAUGCCUGGAAUUCUGCACAUUUCCCUUCUGUUCUUCGUGCCAACCCCUGCUCAGCCACAACACUCACAAAAAAGCAGCUUCUUCAGCCCUGUGGAGCAUCACGAACCAGGUGAGCAGGAUUAAAUCUGAAUCUCUCUCUACAUUUCCAGAUGCUCAAGUGAAUUAUUUACUGAGGUCCCUUCAUUACUACAGAAAAUAAAAAAAUAUCUUUA